GCAGCAUGUCCCCUCUCAUACGCCGUAGGUACUUGAAGUUUGGCACCGCAAAAAGGAUCAUGUACAAGGUAGCAGGGGUGGCUGCUGUGCCUGUAACUCUCAGCCUGAUGUCAGGUACUGUGUUUGCUGCCGCCGAGGACAAGCCCAAUGUCACCUUAAAUACAAAUGAGCUCUCCCUCUACACUACACCGCAGCAGAAGUUCCGCUAUUUGGAGCCAGAUAUAGGGCACUUGGAGCCAGGUGUUACCACUCUAAGGAAACUGGCAGAGCCAUAUGUUACUUGGUGUCAGGCUCCAGGGUGAAGAAGCUCAUCUACCCUACAGGGCUGAUGGCUGCGGGACACUAUGUACUACCCCCAAGCGGCCGCAUCAAUCGCCAAGGUGAGUGAGCGGGUCAAUAUAUCGUGUGUUGUUUUUAUUUGUACUUGCACGUGUGGGAGAAAAUGAAU